AUGCCUAUUAACGAACAAAUUCGAACAAUAUUUGUAAAAAAAUCGUAUUCAACACAAUCAUCUUCAUCAUCUAUUCAUCAAGUGGAAGAUAAACAACAUUCAUAUUCAUGUUCUUAUUGUUCAAAAUUAUUUUCUUCACCAAGUCAUCUAUCUCGACAUAUUCUUAUACAUACUGGUGAAAAACCUUGUCUUUGUUCUGAAUGUGGUCAACAAUUUAGUCAAAUAUCAUCAUUAGAACGUCAUCAACGUACAAAACAUGAAAAAAAUAAAAAAUAUAAUACAUUAAAUAAUCAUUUAUAUCAAUGUAAACUUUGUCAUGAAUAUUUUUCAUUAAAACAUAAUUUAAAAAUGCAUGAAAAAAAAUUACAUCAAAUACAAACAGAUUUUUUUUGUAAUAUAUGUUCAGCUUAUUUUACUUGUAAUUCAUCAUUACAAAAACAUCGAAAUUUUCGUCAUCGAUCAUUAAUUAAAAAUCAAUCAGAAAAUAAUAAAAUUCAACAACCAAAUAUAUCUAAUGAUAUAUCAAUGAUUAGAAUUAAUAAUAUGUCAGAUAAUUGGACAUUAACACAAAAUAAUCAACUUGAUUCAACUGCAAAUAUAUUUGAUUCAUCAACAACAUCUAUAUCGAAUUGUUCAACAGAUGAACGAUCAUCAUUGUUUUCUACGGAAAUAUCUUCAAUUAAUAGUAAUAAUUUAUUUAAUAACAAUAAUACAAAUAAACAUUCCUACCAGCAACAACAAGUUCAUUAUCAAACACUUAAAUGGAAUGAAAUAAAUUAA